GCACUCAUACUGAUGCUAUUGGUAUGUGUGCUGGUAGUACUGUUGCUUAAUAAAGGUUCAUGUACAAGUGAUACAAGCAGUAAUAGUGCUGGCCUCACUAAUAGUGGUAAUACUGCUAUUAACAGUAACCUGUCACUGAUACAAAAUAAAAUAAAUCAUAUAAUGGAAUGGUGUGCUACAAAAAAUAGUUCAUUGCUCCUUCAAAGUAAUAUGGAACAUAUCAUGGAACAGAUUAAUGAUAACAAUGUUAACAGUAACCUCUCACUGAUACAGGAUACAAUGAAUAGCAUAAUUCAACAGAUUAUGGUACAUGCUAAUAAUACCAACAGGUCUACAGAUGAACUACUUCAAUUACUGAACACUAGUCUUAUUAAAGAUAUCAGUAUACCAACUGCUGCUGCUGUUAAUGAUGUACUACUAAUAGUCAAUGAAUUACUAGUAAUACAGAAUAGAUCCUCUUUGUUCAAUUCUGCUAUUCAACUUGUUUCUUGUAAAGAUAUUAAAGCAACUCAUCCCAACAGUCCUUCUGGUUACUAUUAUAUUAACAGUCGCAAUACAUACUGCAAUAUGGAAGAGCUGUGUGGACAAGAAGGAGGAUGGACAAGAAUAGCUUAUCUUGAUAUGACUGAUAGUUCCCAGAACUGUUCCUCUGGACUUGAGGAAUUGAUGAUUGGAGGCAUUAGACUUUGUAGGAGAGAGGGUGAUUCUGCUGGUUGUAGGUCUAAUGCAUUCCAAACAAAUGGUAUCAGUUAUAGUCAAAUAUGUGGUAAAGUGGUUGGAUAUCAAAAGGGAACGACUGAUGGAGUCAACACUAACAACAAUGAUAUUAAUGGUGUUUAUAUUGAUGGAGUCAGUAUCACACGUGGGUCACCUCGUCAACAUGUCUGGUCUUAUAUAGCUGGGCAUCAGUCAAAUAUCAAUGGAGGUUCUACCUGUCCUUGUAAUACUGGAGCAACUAAUACUAAUACAGUUCCAUCAUUUGUAGGAGAGCACUACUAUUGUGAGUCAGGUACAAACAGUAAUCCUUCCCUUACUGAAGUAUACACUGGUGAUCCAUUGUGGGAUGGGAAUAACUGUCUUUCAGUAGAAGCUCCUUGUUGUACUGGUACUGAAUAUAUCAUGGAACAGAUUAAUGAACACAAUGUUAACAGUAACCUCUCACUGACACAAAGCACAAUGAAUCAAAACUCACUAUUCCUUAAUGCAAUGGAUAAUAUCUCACUGGUUCUGCAGAACAAAAUAGAUUACUUAAUAGAACAGAUUAAUGAGCACAAUGUUAACAGUAACUUCUCACUGAUACAGGAUACAAUGAAUAGCAUAAUUCAACAGAUUAUGGUACAUGCUAAUAAUACCAACAGGUCUACAGAUGAACUACUUCAAUUACUGAACACUAGUCUUAUUAAAGAUAUCAGUAUACCAACUGCUGCUGCUGUUAAUGAUGUACUACUAAUAGUCAAGGAAUUACUAGUGAUACAGAAUGGAUCCUCUACUCAAACCGUUUCUUGCAAAGAUAUAAGAGCAGCUCAUCCCAACAGUCCUUCUGGUUACUAUCAUGUUAACAGUCGCAAUACAUACUGCAAUAUGGGAGAGCUGUGUGGACAAGAUGGAGGAUGGACAAGAAUAGCUUAUCUUGAUAUGACUAUGAACUGCCCUUCUGGACUUCAGGAAUUGAUGGCUGGAGGCAUUAGACUUUGUAGGAGAGGGGGUAAUUCUGCUGGUUGUAGGUCUAAUGUAUUCCAAACAAAUGGUAUCAGUUAUAGUCAGAUAUGUGGUAAAGUGGUUGGAUAUCAAAAGGGAACGACUAAUGCUGUUCAUGCUAACAUCAAUGAUAUCAAUGAUGCUUAUAUUGAUGGAGUCAGUAUCACACGUGGGUCACCUCGUCAACAUGUCUGGUCUUAUAUAGCUGGAUAUAGGUCAAACACCAAUGAAUAUUCCUGUCCUUGCAAUACUGGAGCAACUAGUACAGUUCCAUCAUUUGUAAGAGAGCACUACUAUUGUGAGUCAGGUACAAACAGUGGUCCUUCAAAAAGUCAAGUAUACACUGGUGAUUCAUUGUGGGAUGGAAAUAACUGUCUUUCAAAAGAAGUUUCUUGUUGUAAUGGUACUGGUCUUCCAUGGAUGAUCAUAAUAAGAAAACUGCAUAGGAGAAGAGCUGUUGAAUUGAGAGAUAGAAAACAAGACAAUGUCAACAAGUGA